GCCGCAGACACGGGCGGCCGCGCCGGCAGCCGGCGGCUCGCAUGCAGCCGGGGAUUACAGCGGGGCGAGGGCAGCGAGGGCUCGACUCUUAUCCCCCCUCACCCCCCUCCAUCCUCCGCCCGACACCCCAGCCGCUCGCCGGGCGGCUGCUCCGCCGGCUUUUCAUCUCCGGGGGUAGGAGGGAGAUGCCUUGGCCGCGGUUUUUCCACCCCCAGCCCUCUCCGUGCAGGGAGAGGCGGUGAUGUGGAGCCGGGAAUGUAGAGGAAAACCCUCCCCGGGAAGGAGCGACCAAAACAAAUCCCUCGCCGUGGCUUUGGCGGCCGCGCAGUGCCCGGGGAAGCCCGAGCAGCCCCUGCCAGCGCUGGGGAAUCCCUCCUGUAGCCCCCGGCGGCGCCCCGGGCGCCCGCGGAGCAAGCUUUGGGAAUGGAGCUGUCUGUCUGAAGAGGAUUCUGCCCAAAUACUCGUAGUCUCCAAGCUCAUUUUCCUACAGACUCUGGUGUUACAACUUCAUCUUUUUCAGAAUGGCUGAGAAAGCUCCACCAGGGAUCACCAAAAAGUCUUCAAGGUCCACCCUUUCUCUCCCUCCAGAACCAGUGGAGAUCAUUAGGAGCAAAGCUUGCUCACGGAGAGUUAAAAUAAAUGUCGGUGGACUCAACCAUGAAGUGCUCUGGAGGACUUUGGACAGACUUCCAAGGACACGAUUAGGAAAGCUCAGAGACUGCAAUACCCAUGAAUCUCUGCUAGAAGUAUGUGAUGACUAUAAUCUGAAUGAAAAUGAGUAUUUUUUUGAUCGACACCCAGGGGCUUUCACCUCCAUUUUGAAUUUCUACAGGACAGGGAAACUACAUAUGAUGGAAGAAAUGUGUGCUCUCUCUUUUGGCCAGGAGCUUGAUUACUGGGGGAUUGAUGAAAUAUAUUUAGAAUCUUGCUGCCAGGCAAGAUACCAUCAGAAGAAAGAGCAAAUGAAUGAGGAACUGAGGAGAGAGGCAGAGACAUUGCGAGAGAGAGAAGGGGAAGAGUUUGAUAAUACCUGCUGCCCAGAGAAAAGGAAGAAGCUUUGGGACUUGCUUGAGAAACCCAACUCAUCUGUUGCAGCAAAGAUUUUGGCCAUUGUGUCCAUUCUGUUCAUCGUCCUGUCCACUAUUGCUUUGUCUCUUAACACACUGCCAGAACUUCAAGAAAUAGAUGAAUUUGGGCAGCCAAAUGACAACCCUCAGCUAGCACAUGUUGAAGCUGUGUGCAUUGCUUGGUUUACCAUGGAGUAUCUUUUGCGUUUUCUGUCUUCACCAAAUAAGUGGAAGUUCUUCAAAGGCCCAUUAAAUGUCAUUGACUUGCUGGCUAUCUUGCCGUACUAUGUCACCAUUUUCCUCACAGAGUCCAAUAAAAGUGUCCUGCAGUUCCAAAAUGUCAGACGUGUGGUUCAGAUAUUUCGAAUUAUGAGGAUCCUAAGGAUUCUUAAGCUCGCCAGACAUUCAACAGGCCUUCAAUCUUUAGGCUUUACACUCAGGCGUAGUUACAAUGAAUUGGGCUUGUUGAUAUUAUUUUUAGCCAUGGGAAUAAUGAUAUUUUCAAGUCUUGUAUUCUUUGCUGAAAAGGAUGAGGAUGCUACAAAAUUUACAAGUAUUCCUGCAUCAUUCUGGUGGGCAACAAUCACUAUGACUACUGUAGGAUAUGGUGACAUUUAUCCUAAGACCUUAUUAGGUAAAAUAGUUGGAGGACUUUGCUGUAUUGCUGGAGUGCUGGUCAUAGCCCUGCCUAUACCAAUUAUUGUGAACAAUUUCUCAGAAUUUUAUAAGGAGCAGAAAAGACAGGAGAAGGCAAUUAAGAGGAGAGAAGCACUUGAGCGAGCUAAAAGAAAUGGCAGUAUUGUCUCCAUGAAUUUGAAAGAUGCCUUUGCUCGCAGUAUGGAAAUGAUAGAUGUAGCAGUAGAUUCAGGAAAGCUUGGAGAACCACUCAGUCCAAAGGAGACACCUGACAACAGCCACCUGUCCCCAAGCAGGUGGAAAUGGGCCAGAAGGACAAUGUCUGAAACAAGCUCAAACAAAUCUUAUGAAAACAAGUACCAAGAAGUUAGUCAACAAGACUCCCAUGAGCAAUUAAACAAUGCUGCAGCAUCCUCCAGCCCACAGCACCUGAGUGCUCAAAAACUGGAAAUGCUGUAUAAUGAAAUUACUAAAACCCAAUCUCAGCCUAAUCUUAAUGCUGGUUACCAAGACCAGUCAGCAAAGCCACCCAGUUAUGAAGAAGAAAUAGAAAUGGAAGAAGUUAUAGGUCAGAGAGAUCCACUGCCAACGGGGCCUGCGGACAUCGUAAUGGACAUGAGAAGCACAUCCAGUAUCGACAGUUUUGCCAGUUGUGCAACUGACUUCACGGAAACAGAGAGGUCUCCACUCUCUCUGUUUCCUGGCUCUCACUUGCAAAUGAGAUUUCCAACUGAUGCUGUUAACCUGGAAGAAAACCAAAGAGCAAGAAGUUCUCAGUUUAUACCAUUUGCAAAAGACAGAGGAUUUUCUUCAACUGAUGUCACCUUUGACUACAAUCCAAUCAACAGAGCUGUUAUCAGUGAUGGCAGUGGGUUCCAAACUGUUUCACAUGGUCAUUUUGACUCUGCCAUGGAAAGCCCCAAAAGCUCCCUGAAAGGUAGCAACCCAUUAAAAUCUAGAUCCCUUAAAGUUAAUUUUAAAGACAAUAGCGGUGGUGCUCCACAAACUCCACCGAGCACCGCAAGGCCACUGCCAGUGACAGCAGGAGCAGACUUCACACAGGCCACUGCUCAGCACAUCAGCACCAUUCUCCUAGAAGAAAACUCCCCCCAAGGUGAACGGCCUGUACUUGGUGCUGAUGCACCUGCACUUUGUCAAGGACCUGCUAAAAAAUCAUCCCCUCUCUUUCCCAAGCAAAAAAUUUUCACUUUCCCUUCUAAAGAGAGGAGGAGCUUCACUGAAAUAGACACUGGAGAAGAAGAAUUUAUGGAGUUACAUGGUAUGAAACAUGAGAAAAAACAGGAUAUCAAGACAAAUUGCUGUGGGGAUAAACACAGUGAUGGCAACAAUUUAACAGGGGAGCCACAGGUCAGCUCUUCACCCAAAAGCAUGAGCCACAACUGUACUCAAGACAUUUACCAUGCUGUGGGUGAGGUAAAGCCAGACAGUAACCAAGAAGGCCACAAAAUGGAAAACCAUUUAUUUGCUCCAGAAAUUCAUUCAAGUCCAGGAGAAACUGGUUAUUGUCCUACACGUGAAACUAGCAUGUGACUAGUUACAGAAGCAAUAAAAAUGUCUUUUCUUAAAACACAUUUAGUAAUGCCUAUGAACUAAAACAUGGAAAGCCUCAACAAAAGUGCAUAAAAUGUUAUUUUUGCAUGGCAUGAAGAGUUGUUUAGUUUAAAUACUGUUUAAUUAAAAAAAAAAAAAAGACUGCUUUUGUAACAAACUGAAAAAAAUUAGGGAAAAAAUUACUCAAGAAUGGUGAAUACAAUAAAGAGAGCUUUAUUAGGAGUCAGUGGUCUGCAACAUCUGACAUUUUUGAUCCUUUCACUUAUGAUUGUAGACAGGUAUUGAACUCUUUUUUUCCCCUCAGUUACAAUGAAUUUUAGAAUUUGCACAUGAAAGGAUGAAAUGUCAAUGCAUGCAUUUAUAAGGAUGUGAAAUAAGGUGCUUUGAGCUUGCAAAAUGCAUAUACUUGUAAAUAGUUUGGGGUUGGGGGAAAGCUACUGUUAACAAGGGUUUAUGGAAAAAGCAUUUCCUGGGACACAGGUACUUCCUUCACAGCGUGCUGUCUGGAGGUUUUGUACAGACUUAUGUUGCAAAAUUGCAACUUCUACUUAAAGCAUCUCACAUAUCUUGCUUUCUGUUAAAAAGCUCAUUAGUAUAUCUGUUAAUUAAGGACUACAUUAUUUUAGUUUAUCUGUGCUAUAAAUCAUGAUGGUUUUUUAUUUUAUUUGCAGAACUUCAGUUAUUGCAUUUGUCAGUUUAAUUAAUGAUCCUGUGAGGGAAAGCAAAGAUUUAAUGACCAGAACUUGAAGCAUUUGAUAUUUUUAUAACAAAUUGCCAACAUUUCCUAACUAAGAAAAAAAGUUCCACUUUAAAAUUUAAAAUCAUAGUUAUUUCUGUGGCAAUAAAUAGUGCCAAAUGGCUAUUCAGAUAUAUCCAAAAAUUUUCAAACUCAUAGAAUAUACCUUGGUAUUUAAAAAAAUAUUUUCCACAUUUUUAUUUUUCCUUUGAUUUAAUGCUAUUUGCUUCUUUGCUUGAUCUUCAAUCUUUUACCUUUUGUUCUCCAUGCAGUGCACAUACUUCAGUAAUGGCAAUGUUGUUGAAGCCGUUAAGGUGUAAGGACAUAAAAGAUAAGGUUUGUAGGGGAAAGUGAUACCUUUUGUUAUCAUAAAUCAUGUAGCUGGAGAAAAAAAGGCUUUGUGCAUGUUAUUUGCCUCAGGUCUUCCAUACCCCAAAGCUUGUUUGUGUUUUUCAGUUCAAUCAUUUGGACUGACAGUAGAUAUCACUUGACUCACCAACUUUGCCUCAACCCAUCCUUCCAUAGCUGUUCUGAAAUGGAGUACAGGAUUUCCACUAUACUUAAAUAAAGGAAAAUGUCAAUCAUUCCACUGACAACUGCCAAAGCAUUCCACUGAUUUCUCCAGCUUUGUAAAAGAAAGAUACUGAACCAAAGCCUUCAUUACAAAGUACUCAUCUAACCACUGUCUCAAAAAAGCUAUUUUUAUUUUAUCCAGAAUUCAUAGCUUCUUAUGAUAAAAAUUAUUUUUUAAAAUCCUUUUAGAGUGCUUUAAUUCCCUAAAUCAUAAAAAGUUUAUUCAGUUCAUGAAUUCUAAUCAUAAGCAAAUGUAUGCAGUUACACAGACAUGUCCUAAAAAAUGGUCCUUUCUGUUUGUUUGGGGUUUUUUUCUUUUUCUUUUUUUUUUUGAUAAGGAAGACUUAAAAGUACUUUAGACCAAUCAAUGCAUGUUUUGGAACAGCAGGCUUAUACUUACCAUAGUGGAGCUAGGUUAAUUUUUACCUGUGUCUUUUUCUGUCACUUGAAUAUGUAACAACCAAGCACCUAGUGCAUGUGGUGUAAAGGAACAACCAUUUUUGUUACAACAUGGCCCUUUGCUUAAAUGGCUGGGCCAAUGCCACAGACCUCACUCAAGCCUGUCACAUAGAAAAGAGGGAAGUUUGAAGAGCCCCUGGUGGCUGGGCCAAACAUUGAGCACAGCACAAUCACUUAGAUGGGUUUUUUAAAACAAGUUUUCUAUAUUUCCAUCAGUUUUCUUAUUUCUGUAACAAGACAAUAUUGAGGUAUCUCUUCAGUCAUUUGAGUUACUGAGAAUAUAAUGUCUUUUUCUUUUCAAACAAUGUCUGGUCAUUAAUUCUCAAAAUAAAAAAGUUUUUUUUGUCUUUAACUGCAGUUAAUUUCAACUUGUUGCUGCGUUCAGUCUUAUGUAUUUAUAUUGUAUUCUGCGUAACACUUUUCAAUCAUGUUGUGUCUCACUGUCCCCAAACUUAGCUCUUUAAUAUUUUAUAGUCAUUAAUCUUCUAUCUUUUUUUUUUUUUUUUUAGUUUCUAGAUAUUUUCGGUGACUAAAACUAAAUGCCAGUCAAUUUUUAUAUGCCUGAAGUGUUGGUUUGUAUUUUCUAUGUGCAGUUUUAUGAAAUCACAUGGGUGUGUUUGAUCUGCCUUUACAUCCUAGUGGACUAUUGAAGUCCAGAUUAAGACCAAAUGGGACCUGGUUCCAUGCUCUAGAUCCACAGACAAUUCCCAUUCAAGACAAUGAUGUUGUUCUGGCAAGACUGAGGUCUGUCAUGUUCCUUCUGUGUGCUUUUUCUCCCAGGUGACCCUUAGGCUUUGGAAAAGCCCCUUAGACCUGUGCUACUUGAUGGAAAGGGAGGAGUCCAGCCAUACAGAACCUAUUGCAGGAACUGAGAUAAAUAUCAUGCAAACCUAAUUCUGGCCUAUUAAAAUCACUAGAAAUUUAAAAUUAGUAAAGUCAAGGCCUCAAUUCUUGCAAAAAUGAAUUUCCCCUGAAACCAAUGUGAGUCUGGUGGAAGAAGGGAUUGAUUGAAAUCUAAAUGAGAAGAAUGAUAGUCUCUGCCUCUUGAAGAAAAUCAACAGAAGCUUUAACUAUAUGAAUCAGAUUAAAGACCAGGCCCUUAUUUGCUGCUGUAUUUUAAAUGUUUUCAGAGAAGCACAUUUAUUUUGAAAGAAACGCAAUUCACUUUGUUAACAGAUGCUUUAUUUUUUUUAAAUACUGGAAGCAAAAUUAUUAAGCUUUAGAAAUGCUUUUGGUAUAAUUUUGGUAUCUACUUUUGACUAUGUUGAAAACUAUUUCCAGAAGCAUAGAUUUAGACGUGGUUUUUCCAGUCUUGACUGCAUAUAAAGGAUCCACCUCUGAAUAUCUAACUUGUAUAAUUUCUGAUUAAAACAUCUCCUUGAGCAGUUGCAGGACUGGAUCUAGCUUUCUGUCCAGUACAGCAGGUGUAAGAAGUGCAGGCUGGGAUCACGUCAUUCAUCAUGGGUUGAUAUGCAGCAAAUUAUGCAAAAUUACACAAGUAUAUUUUUUUAUUUUCUAAAACUUAGAAGCCAUUUUGGACUUAUUACCCAUUCACUACAGUAAGAGGAGAAUGUGUCUGAGUUCUGGGGUCAGUCUCUAAUGCCAGACGUGCAACUUAAGGAGUCUUAGGAAGAAGUGACUCUUUUGUGCACCUGAAAGGGGUCUGACUCCUCGCAUCACUGGAAAAUGAAGAAUGUUCAGGAAGACAGCUUUGCAAUUGAUCUAUUUUUUAUAUUUUUUACUAACUGCAGAAUCAUGAAUCAAAGUUUUAAUUCCUUUUCAAUGAUGAAACCAAAUGCACAUAUUUUAAAAAUGUUCACAGAGUAAUUAGAAGAGUUUUUGAGUAAUAGUCACAUUAAUCCAAAUCUGGGUGGGGAGUAGGGGGUAGGGGGGAAUAAUAUCUUGCACAAACUGCAAAGGAAGUUCCUAUAGGAAAGCUGUUUACAGGGGAAGUAUGUAAUGUAAAGAAUGUAACAAGGUGUAGGAAGUUUUUGCACUACCGAAUUUAUAUAAAAUACACUUUUUUAAAUGAAAACACAAAAGGCCUUUUAAUGCUACAUUGUAUAGACUAUAGAAACCUCUGUGCUAUUGCAGCAAUUUAAUGCACUGUGUCCUCACUUUACAAUUGGUCUCAAAAUUCAAACAUUAGUGAUGUUAGAGAGGUGAUAUCUGAUCUAACACUAGAGCAAUGGACAUGAAGAGCCUUUUAGCACACUAUUAUGUAACUCAAAAUGUGUACAGACAGUUUUUGCCUACAGCAUUUAUACAUCUAAAUGACAAUUGGCUUAAUGAGUCAUUUCAUAACAGGUAAUACCGGUCAAUGUAUUUGUAUUCCUUGAAAAACAAUGAGUUAUUUUAAAAGCACACCUCUUCCCUUCCAUGUUGACUGAGCUUCUGUUUCUUUCAAGGUUUACGUUCAAGUUAUUUAAUUAAUUGCUUCAACCUCAUCUCUAAACCACAGUCCAAUAAAAAAGACAGUUGUCUUCUUGAAGCUCUAUUGCACAUAGUCAAACUGGUAGAAAUGUCCAGGGUUUUACUGAUUGGCUUUUUGAUUUGAAUAAUGUUUUAAUCACUUGGAUAGCAAAUAUAUAUUUUGAUCAUAAAAACAUAUAUUAGAAGCAAAAUAAUGCAGUACGCCUUUUUUUUUUUCUAAGUAGCCAGCUGAGAUCAAGCAAGAAAUUCAAAAACAACAAAGGGGGAAACAAGGCAGAAAACUGUAAGUAAACAAGGCAUGUUUUAGUGUACUAUAUUAAAAGAGACAUAAUAAAACAUAUGUAAAAGAAUCCUUGUUCACACUAAAUAAGGUAAAAAAGCCAGUAGCAAAAGAUUUAAUUCCGCUCUUCCAUUGUAAUUUUUAACAUAGAACUAACAGGUUCACUGAUGCUAUUACCCACUCACCUGCCAAAAGAAUAUCUGAUCCGUAAUCAUUUUUCAGAAGACUUUCCUGAAAAAUAAGAUAUUAUGUGUUGGGAUUUUUAUUGAUCUUUGGAUCUCUUCCCAUUUCCCUCCCAAUAUCAAUCUUCUCUUCUUCUUGGGAGUGGUCAGAAGACAACCCACCCAACAAGAUGAUAGGAGUGUCUUAAUUGUCAGGAAAGUGUUUUGGUAGUGUGGUGAAAAUGGCCAGAUGCUGCAUUUGAACCAAGGAACAAGAACUGAGUGUCACUUCUCCCCGUUUUCUAGUUGUAAAGUGCUCUGAAUUCUCCAGUGUCCCCAAAGCAUACCCAUUCUUCAUGGAAAAGCUUUCGGUGCUCUUGCAAGAACUUUUUUAAAAGCAGUUGACUGGUAAAUGCUGUUAAGAGAGCUAUCGAUCUAAGUUUGAAUAUUUGUCUUUUGUCCAACCUGGUUUUAUUAGUGGUGCUCAGCUUUAACUCCAGCUGAAAUGCUUUCUGAAACAGAUCAGGUGUUCGGGAGUCAAACCUUUUGCAGGUCCUUUGUCAGUUUCCUUAACAAAGCAAGGUUAGGUAAAUGGUAGGCAAAAAUGAAAGAAAAAAUUUUGUUUGCAUUGUGUGAUGGUUUCUUGUUCAGUGAUCAUACACCAUGGGACAUCUGCAAGUGGGGUACAUGUAUUUGUAUUUAUUUUGUUCCAGGUUUAAACAGUUUUUCUUUUAAAUGCUGACUUACGAUAUUUAGGAAGUAUUACCCCUUAGUAAAAUGGAAAUUUCUUCCAAAACAACAGUGAUACUUUCUAAUUCUAUAAUAUUAUUGUUGAUAUUUAGGGUUUUAUGACACCUAACGCAGAUUCUGAUGAAUACCACUGUGGAACAAGGAAGUAGCACACAAAUAUUACUACUCUUUUUACUCAAAAGUAAUUAAAAAAUAUGGUAUUAGCUAAUGUUUAAUCAAAAAAUAAUUAUACCUAUGAACUAAAGAGAAUGGCGACCUGUCGUUACCUCAGACAUUGACUGUAGUCCUGUGAUUAACAUAAACCAUGAAUCUAAUAGCAGUCUGUAUAAUUCAUUUUAUUAGGGUAAUUUUUUAACUCAAAUAACUAUUUAAAUACAUAUUUAGCAUCAGCAGGAACAAUGUACACUUCUAAAUCUGGAAGUCUAUGGAUACGUUUACACUGGCAUCUUAGAGAAAACCAGGAGCAAUCUCUUGACAUCUCAGCUACCCCCACUUCUCAUGCUUUGGUUCAAUAACCGAACAAUCCUGCACUGUAGGGAGAGCAUCCUUCCCAACACUGCACCAUGCAAAUUGGACUACUUUUAGGUGAAGUUGAACCAGAAAUCUUCUUCCAUGAUGGCACCAGCUAUGCUGCAGGCAGGACAAAGCAUUCAGGCCCUGAUACCAGAUGACAGCAAGUCCAAAAAUUGUACCCCAAUAAUGUAUACUGUCAGUACAAACGGUUGCCUUCAACAAAUCUCCUGGUAUUGUACAACUUGCUAAUGUAGACGUAGAUGGCUACUGUCUUCUAGAGCCCAUGUAGCUCUUGGCUAAAUCACUUAAUCAAGCAAAUGUUGCCAUUUUCAGCAGUGGUAUUACAUAAAAAAGCAAUAUGUUGCCUAAGAUUAAAUUGUUCCCAGUGUGUUCCCCAAGUUAACCCAAGUAAAAUCUUUAAACAAAAAAUUAUUGAUAACCAUUGGAUAGUUGUGUUUCAUAGUUUGGACCAAACUCUAUAUACUGCAUAUUUCUACAGUGAAUUUACUCUAAAGUUGGUGUUACAUAUGAUGAAGACAGUACAGACAGCACUAGACUUACUCCAAAAUCAGUGGAAUGAUUAAACUGAUUGCAAGGAGCUUUAUUUCACUUAACAGUAACCCUUACUUUAUACUAGUAUGAAUAAAAGCAAAUUGCUGUGCAUUGAUGGAGGAUCAGAAGCCCAGCUUGACUAUUUUGUGCCGAUUUGCCAUGUCGAGAUAUCUUCCUAUUUGGAUCACCAGCUGAAAUUUAUUUAAAUUGAGGAACUAGUAGGGUUUUGGUUGUGUGCUUUGUUGCUCUGAUGUCUGGGAUGUACCUUGUACAGUAAUGCAAGGAACAAAAAAGCCUGUUCCUUAUCUUACUUAUUUUAAUCAUUUCAAGGUGGAGUACAUAAAUCUUGUAGUGGUAUUUUUGCUCUAAGUUUUACUCAGAUAGCAUCUCUCUGUGAAGGUUCAGAAUACAAAACAUUUAUGCCUGUCCUUGAAGUCCUUAAGCAGAAUGCCAGUGGGAAUUCUGCCUGUAUAAAACUGAAGGAUGGAGCAAUAUAUUAUAGUGUUACGCAAAACAGUUUCUAACACGUUACUAAAUACAUUAAAAAAGAAAUUUAAAAAAAACUGUUGGGGACAAUCAUGAAUACUUCUGCUAGGAUGCAGAGUUCUGGAUUCAUAUGUCUAAAUUAUCAGAGUUCUGCAGAGUUUUACUUGUGCAACUCUUUCAAAAAUCAAAGGAGCCAUGCUGAUAAACUGAAACAUGGAGGGAUUAGUGUACAAAGAAGCUGAGCAUUGAAAACAUAGCCUACUGCUUUAAGAUCACUGUAAAUAUCAAAUUAAAUAUGUACUGAUUCAUGUUUCUAUGUUAUUACUGUGUUAGUUUCAUAGAUACAGUAGCAUGACUAUUAUUAGUUUUAUGGAGUUUAAUGAACUUUCUUUGUAUUCCUCUGUGAAUGCUCUGAAUGCUGCAAACAAAAAAAGCACAACAGUAUUUUUUCAAGUUCUCUUGGGGCAAUAGCAGUGUCUUCACUAUUGUUCAGUUUUACAGAUUUAGCAACAUUUCAUCAUACAUUGCUCUGUUAAUAACGUAUCUUUCUUUAAAAGUACUGUCACUAGGAGAUAAAAGCAUAUGUGAUAAGUCUUGUCUAAUCUCAUUCAUCUGCCUUUACAAAAUGCCCCAGAUAUUUUGUGGGAGAAUAUGCUGCUUUUGCUUCAUGCAUUGUUUGUAUUUGGGGUGGGGCAGGGGAAUAAUAGGGCAUUUUGCAAUGGUAAUUGCAUCAAACAUGCUUUUUUCAUUAUUAUUGUAUUUGUUAGAAACAUUUUGAUUUAGUUUCUUUCUGUAGAUAAAACUUUGACAAUAGCUUUAUUUUUUCAACUAACCAUUUGAUUUCAUUAGACUAAUAACUUCUCACAUUUAGUGGUAUUCGUAUCAAUGUUUCCAUAUCAGCUGCAUUUUAACUUCAUAAAAAAGGAAAUGUGAUUAUUAUUUUUGUCAUACUAGAUUUUGCUGAUCAACUAAGUAUCCCUGCACCAAUCUACAUAUUAAUAUGCAUGUUGUAGUCUGUACAAUUGUUCAACAUCAAAAUAUCUGUUUAAUUUAUGUCAAAUGUCUUUAAAAUAAAUGCAUUGUUCUCCAUUUCAGUCUGAUAGAAUAAGCAGGAUAGUAAAUAAAUGUGUAAAUGAAUCAUCUGUGUCUCAUUUCAGUUCUCUUCAUGAAACCACUUUACAUUGAACAUUGCAUAUAUACCAAAACAAUAAUCCAUAGUGUCUUUACUUAACAAAAUAAUACAGGAAUCUCUGACAGAAAAUGUGUACAGAAAUAAAUCACUUGGCUAUGCAAAUAAAGACAGCAGAAUCCAUGCCUUUUUUUUUUUUUUUUUUUUUUUUUUUUUUUUUUUGUAAAAGAAAAUGAAAUGUAAUGAUUCUAAGCCUUUUUCUUCCCUCUCUGUUCAGAAUUACUGGUAAUUACUACUCACACGGUCAUAGAUACAAAACCUCAAAUGAUUUUACAAGGAUGAGUAAGAAGUGUUGCCUGCAGGAUAGAAAGAAGCAUGGAAAGAUUUAGCAUCCUUUUUUUGGCUAGUCAAACCUAGGUACCUCAGCCUAAUAUUCAGGUGUAGUGGAUAAACCAAUCUCUUGUCCACCAUAAAACUGUAAGUGAAAAAUUAGGUGAUAGUGGAAAUUAUUUAACUCCUUUAACACGAGUCAUGAAAAUAACAGAUUUUUUUUUUACAGGCAAAGUUUUGCUGCAAAUCCACCAGAGAGAAAAUCUGCUAUUCAGAAAAUCAGGAAUAUAAUGCCCUCCCCUAAAAAUCAGAAAGCUAUUUUUUAAUGUCAACAUCUGAACAGUACUGCAGUAAAGCAAAAUGGAAGUCCAAGUCAUCCCUUUGGUGAGAGCAUAGAGACACUAUUUUCACAACCUCUCUGUGCUAUGCAUCUCUUAACACACCAUUCACUGUACUGCAGAACUUCUACCUUUCAGCUUUUAAUCUAAGGGCUCCCUCUAUGAAUGUGCAGCACUUUACAUAAAUCUAAAUUUGUUCCAUCUUUCUAUUCUGCCUCCAACACAUUCCCAACUUCCUUUUUCCUAAAAAAAAAAAAAAAAAAAAAAAAAAGAGCAACAACAACAAAAAAAAACCCCAAAUCUUUGUUAUUGCUUGUCCAGAUCUCUUCUUCUUGGCAUUUGUGUGAGUAAUUGCAUUUUAAGGAAAGGAUUUGGGGGGGUUAUAUAGUAUUCAAUAACCAAGCACCCCACACACCUACUUUAUGGUACCCAGGAGUAUUUUCAAAACUGCAGUUCUACAUGAACAUCACAGCUGCCACAUGGUUCCAUCUGCACCAAGACCUGGGCCUCUUCAGAUUUUCGUUGUGCAGAAAGGAGACUAAAUCACAUAGAAGAAAAAAAGUGGGAGCAUUUUCCAAAAAGCAAAUUCAAGGCACUAAGAUACACUACUGUAGUUCCUAGCUCAACAUCUCUUCAAUCAUACCAUUAAUUUAGAAAAUAUUUCUCUUCUAACCAUUUCAUCUUUUCCCAUGUUCUCCUCUCCAUCUAUUUUUUCCUGUUGAGCACACUUCAAAAAAAAAAAAGUGAAGAACCCCAGCAUCUCAUCCCAGACCCAAAGCAGUCUAAUAGGUAUUCCUACUGCAAAACAUUCACUGAGUUAUGUUGUCAUUCACUGGUAUUGAAACUACUAAUGAAACUAUUGCUUUCCUUUGCAAAAUAAAUCUUUUUUUAUUAUUA